GGGGGGAGCUGGGGGAAGAAAAAUGCGCUUCAACUGAUCAUCUUUUUUUGUCAUCAGUGCACACAUUAUUUGUGUUUUUAACAUUAACUCAAUAUCUCUCUUCUCUCAAUGACUGAUAAAUGUGAUUUUGUAUACAAAUAAACGUAUAUGAUCAAAUAAAUAAAAUAAAAAUAAUUGUUUGACGUAAUGAUUUGUUUCAUUUGAGUUGUUUAAUACGCUGUAACAAGUUUAUUUCAUAGGUCCCAUUUGGACAUAGUGGAACUUUAACACGAUUUGGAAAAUGGCUUCGUCCUAUGUGACUCAACUGUGACAUGCGCACAACGACCAUCAUCCGCAAUCCGCAGGUCAGAGUUGUCGAGGCGGUAGUAGCCUACAGAGUGAAACCGGUAGGAACGUUUCUAUCAGUAUCGACAAGGGAGGUGCAGCUAAUAGGUCGAUAUGAAUCACCACUACAGACUUGUGAACAAGUCUACACCUACAUGUGAACCCUCCAGGACUACUGAUACAAAGUAUCACUGAAGUAUCGCUGCCUCGUCGCGUGUGGAAGUGUUCACUGUUUUGUUUAUUUGGUUGUUUUUCGUCUGUAUUCUAAUAACAUCGAACUCGGCGGUGCAUUUUGUUUGUUGUUUAGUGUACUUUAGUUUGGUGUAGUUUAAAACCAAUCGCGACGGUUUCAGCUGGUUUCUUCAUACGUCGAUGUGACAUAGGCUUACCAGAAAUGUCAGACAAGGUUGUCAGACCUGCUUCCCCCUCUCCUUCCAUCUCGCUCCUGGAGAUAAAAGCGGAGACGCGUUUGGUGCUAAAGUCUCUCCUGCGUCAUUCUCUCUCUAUUCCUCAAGGAGAGCGACCCGGACGGAUAGGAGGAGCGUAUAACGACCCAAAUAAAUUCAGUGCCUCUCUUAAAGAGAAGGGAAAGAAAGAUGCAAAUGGAUGGGACUCUUUGGAUGAGGAGAUCAGUGCUGCAGAGGAGAAGAAACAUGGAAUUAAAAAUUUUAUAAAAAGAAGACUGAGAAACCGUUCAUCCAUGAUCCAUCGUGCUAAGAAAGAUGGCAGCACUGGCCCGACUCAAAUCAAGACUGAGUCUGGACAUUCAGAUAUACCUGGCAGUUUACGUGGGAAAUCAGAGGAAGAGAGAUUAUCUCCAUCCUCUGCAUCUGAGGAGGAAGGUCACAGAAAAGUAGUAGAACAGGAGAAGAAAAAGAAGAAGAAGCUGAGAUUUUCUGAAAUACUCAAAAAAGUGUCAUUCAAAAAAGAAGAGCCUCGACCACAACGGCCGGACUCACUGUCUUUUAAAGCUGUUUCACCCUCCCAUCCUCCUGAAUUCUAUGAUGGUGUGGCAGACACUCUGGAAAGAAUCGCACAGAAACACAGUACAAAAAAAAGAUGUGAGGGAAGAUCUCCUGUUAAACCAGGUCCUGUGUCAAUUGCAUCAGAAGCCCAUCCUCCUGAAUUCUAUGAUGGUGUGGCAGACACUCUGGAAAGAAUCGCACAGAAACACAGUACAAAAAAAAGAUGUGAGGGAAGAUCUCCUGUUAAACCAGGUCCUGUGUCAAUUGCAUCAGAAGCCCAUCCUCCUGAAUUCUAUGAUGGUGUGGCAGACACUCUGGAAAGAAUCGCACAGAAACACAGUACAAAAAAAAGAUCUCCUGUUAAACCAGGUCCUGUGUCAAUUGCAUCAGAAGACAAAAGCAAAGAGGCUGUGGUUCAACAGCUAGUUCAGAUAUUGACGUCAGAGGGAGAUGCUAUCAAUGAUAAGAUAAACGCAAACCCAUUCCUUCGCUCCACCCUCACUCGGCUCUCCUACCCAUCCUUUGCCAAACUCCUUGAAGCUUACGCCAGUGAGAGCGAGGAACCACCCCUUAAUGCCCCGGUUAGCCCUACGCUGCGCCGCCUCGCCAUCACCAUGGACGCGUCUCGACGAGUCAUCACAGCAACCGGAGCUCAGCUUUUGACAGGGCACGCUCAACGCUACAUGGAGAGCUUUGCACCCUGGGUCAGGAGUCAUGGAGGAUGGGAAAACGUUGUACAUUUGAGCGACAACCUGGAGUACGAUUGACCUCAGUCAUAAAAAUAUGGCCUGCUGAUCAUGUAGCACAACCUCUAUGAGGAAAAGCAGAACCGAACAUCCAUGUGAACUGACACUAUUGAGCAUUACGUUUUUGUGCUGACGUAUUUAUUAUUUUUUACUUCCCGUGUUGUGAAUUUUUAUUGUACAGUUUUAUACCAAAAUACAUGAUGCCAAACAUC